ACCCAGAUAGGGCUUUAUAUAUAAACUCACUUCCCACGCUUCAUCAUGAUUUCCAUCUCGGCUGUCGUUUCAAAACCGUUCGAAAUAAUACUCAGUCUCAGAGCACAACUUGCCGGACCAGUUAAUCGACCAUGGCAGACACAAGUGUUGUUGACAGCGAUCAGCAGCAGUCACUCAGAAUCGCACAGACUCCUUCAUUCUGCAGACUAUGUAACAUCGAGCUACGAGGACUAGAAACAUGGAAAGCCCAUGUCAAAAGCGACGGACAUGUCCAGAAGCUACAAGAGAAAGUCCAUGGCGUUACAGUGUCAUCAACAACUUCUCCUUCGAAAUUAUCUCCGCCUCGAAGCCAAAGGAGAGACAAGUUUGAGUAUGAUGGCCUGGAGUUCGAAAGUGAUGUUGAAGAUGAUCUGGAGGAAGACCAGGAACUCGUCGCGACGGAGUUCGUGCCCGGUUACUGCCUCUUCUGCCCCAAAGACACCUCAACUUUAGACGAGAGCAUGAAGCAUAUGUCUUCAUCACAUGGCUUCAAUAUUCCCUUUCAAGAAUUCUUAGCAGUCGAUCUCGAGACGCUUAUCUCGUAUCUUCACUUUGUCAUCAACACAUACAGAGAGUGUAUCUGCUGCGGCACCCGUCGGAGUACAGUCGAAGGCAUACAGCAUCACAUGCUAGCCAAAGGUCACUGUCGCUUCGAUAUCUCACCAGAGACAGAGGAGUUCUACGGGAUACCGCGAUAUGAAGAUGCUUUGGGGAAUAGAAAGCAGGACACAAGUGACCCGGUGAGACUACCUUCUGGGAGAAUCAUCUCGCAUGGCAAACACAAAGAACCUCACGUUCCUCGUCGUGAGGCGGCAAAUCAGAAACACCUUGACCUCUCAGCGCCUGUAGAGCCGGGUAUGGAGAUCGCGCAUCGACGAACGGUCAAUGGAAGUCUGGAGGUUGUGCAGGCUAAUGAAGCUAUUCUCGCUGCACAGCUUUCGAGGCUCAAGGUUACCAGUGAUAGAGCAGCACAGCGGAAAGAGAAGAGAUGGAGAGGAAGGUUGGAACAAGCGAAUAAUUUUUUUGCGCUGAAGAGGUUUAGGUUGGAUGCUGCCGAUAGUCGAAUGGGUCGACAAUUCUAGGUGUUAACUUGUAAAUAUCUCUUGGGACAUGUGCCCUUGUAAAAGGGCACGGAACAAUACAUCCCACUGCCUGUCUGUAUGCUAACACUCAAAAAUUAUCUAACUUAGUCUACAAUUCCUAUGGAAAUUGGUGUCCACAGCC